CUCGCGUGGAAGGCUAGCACGGUUACCCGACCGAUCGGAUCUCCCGCGAUCACGAUUCUCUGACACAACUCGCGUUUCGGGAAGUCGCACGGCGACGAAAUUGCUCCACUUGCGCAACCAGGGCGCCCUGGCUGCCAGCUUUGCCACGCCGUUGCAGAGCCCAUUGGUGUGGACGUCGGGAAAGGGGAGAGAAUCAUCGACCGGCCGGUUGUAUCACUGGGAAGGACCGUUCGGGGUUGGUUGAGGGUUGGAGACCUCCAAGUUCUACAGUUGUCCGCCCCUUCUCCUUGUCAACACCAGCCAGGGAAGUCUGGCGUCAGUUCGCGAUGGCAAUUCACGUCGGGCCAUUCUUCUCAAAAUGGGUCUGGCUUUGUCUUAUGAUGGCUUCGAUGGCCUCGGCCAUCCCACUCUCCAAAUUUCAGCCCAUCACCGCAACAACCAUCUCCCUCGGCUGCAUUCUAGCCUAUAACGCCGAAAUCCCCGGCUGUUCGAUAAACGACUUUGUGGCGGGCAGUACGUGCUCGGCCUCGUGCGUGAGGGGCCUCAAGAGGGUGGAGUCGAAUCUCGAGUAUGUUUGCGACAGGACAGAGGUCUCAGAGAUUUCGGUAUUGGGGCAGGCGCUGUUGGGCAACCUGGUAGAGCUGCUUUGUCCAGGUACAUCCUCUCCCGAGAAUCCAGUGGCAACCCCAAGCAGGAGUCCGACGGCAGCACCCACCACCCUCACUACACAGCGCGUCUCACGUACGUCGCCGCUCACUUUUACUCCAGUCCAACCUCCGUCGACCACCACCACGGCGGUGACAGAGACAGAGGAGCCCGAGACGUCUACGUCGACCUCGAGCGUCUCUCCCACAGAACCCCCUAGUCCGCCGCCGAUCCAGACGGUCAUCCCGUCUUCCCGCCCGACGAGUUCGUCUUCAAGUUCAACAAGCGCGCCAGAGCCUUCAGAGGACACGGGGGGUCGGGGAACCGGCGGUGGAAGCCCGUUCGACCCUGUAAUAGGGAACGGCUCAGAGAAGGUUACAGUGUGCCUGGUGCAGGCGAUAGCUGUUGGAUUGGGCAUGAGUUUGCUAUUUCUGUGGUAGGCACUGCAUGAGAGAGUGUUUGCGCUCCUGGAAAGGUUAAUGGGAACGAUUUACGAGACAUGGGACUGCAUGGUAGGGCCGGGUUUGGGGACUGGAUAUUGCAUGCAGAUGCGAAGGUUGAACGGUCGAAAGAAAGUCUUGGAUCCGGGUAACAUUGGAACGAGACGGCCAUUUUAAAGUCGGGGUCUAGAAGAGGGCGGGGGGUUGUAAUCACAGUGAUACCACAUGCAUUCAAUUUAAGGUUCUU